UAUCAAAAAUUUGACUUUUAUUUUCUCAGCUGAUAGGAAUCAAUUUUCAAACAAACUGCCAGUAUAAGAAAAAUAUCCCCCUGUAUAUUUCUCAUGGAAAUUAACGAUGAUGAUGAUGAUAAAGCGAGUUCAGUUGCCAAUGGAACCACACCAUUAAUUUCAUUAAAUCGUCCUCUGUUAACCAAAGAAAAAUUCAAUCAAUAUGCUGAUUAUAAUGUGCACUCUUCAUCGUUACCUAUUUGGCGACGAACCCUGUUGAUAAUCAUAUCAUGCAUUCGUUCAUUGAUUCCACUGACAACACUUAAUACAAAUGAAUACAAUACCAGUGAAAAUUUAACCAGAGACAAAUUGAUCAGUCAGAAUAGAGAUGAGAAGCAUUCAAAUUGUGAUAAAUGUCGACAUAUUAUGCAUCAUUUUGGAAGAUACAUGUUCAGCAUAUUUCCAUUUCUUCGAACCUUAUAUACUUACAAAGUGAAAAGUUGUCUUUUCAGUGAUAUAAUAGCUGGCUUUACUGUUGGCAUAAUGCAUGUUCCACAGGGUAUGGCCUAUGCACUAGUCGCUACACUACCACCUGUAUACGGAUUGUACACAUCCUUUUUCCCAGCAUUGGUCUAUUUCUUUCUUGGGACAUCAAGGCACAUUUCAGUAGGUACGAUGGCGGUUGUCAGUUUGUUGACAGGUGAUUUCCUCGACCGAGUGAUUCUAGAAGCACAUUUCGAUGAAAAACAACUUGGAGCUAAUAGCACGAAUAUAACCAGUCAAAUAAUGGAUAAAGAGAAACUAAGAAUCGAUUAUGCCACAGCUUUGGCUUUUACAGUGGGAGUUAUACAAUUUAUCAUGGGAUUACUCAGACUAGGAGGUCUCAUUCGAUACUUUUCUGUACCAAUGACAUCUGGAUUUACUGUUGGAGUAGCUGUACAUGUUUUUACAAGUCAAGUGAAAAAUGUACUGGGUUUGAAAUUACCUCGCUUCGCUGGAGUAUUCACUAUCCCCCUUACUUACAUUGCAAUAUUUCGUAACAUCCAAUAUGCCAAUGUACCAACACUGUUACUUUCCGGUGUGUGCAUUACAAUACUGGCAGUUUAUAAAGAUUGGAUCAGCCCAAAAGUCAUGAAAUUUUCGAAAAUUCCAAUACCAGUGGAUUUAAUUAUUGUCAUAAUUUCGACGAUUGUCUCCUACUUUCUUGAUCUAAAUGGUAAAUACAAAGUGGCAAUCAUUGGAAAAGUAUCCAAGGGGAUAGAACAUCCAAAAAUACCGAAUAUUUCACUGAUGGGUGCAUAUAUUGGUGAUAGUUUUAUAACAGCGGUGAUUGCCAUGUCAGUCAGCAUAUCUCUAUCAAGAAUAUUCGCUACACGCUUCCACUACAAAAUAAAUACAAAUAAGGAGCUUAUAGCUUUUGGCGUCUCAAAUACAAUUAGUUCAUUCUUUCAUACAUUCCCAGCAUCUGCAUCUUUGUCCAGAUCUGCUGUGUUGGUCUCCGCCGGUGGACGUACACAAGUUUCCAGUCUAUUUUCGUGUUUACUUCUUAUUCUGGUGUUGUGUUUCAUUGGCCCAUUGUUUUACACAGUGCCUACUUGUUGUCUGUCAGCCAUCAUUUUAGUUGCACUGAAAGGAAUGUUUCUCGAGGCGAAGGAUUUUAUUACCUUUUGGAAAUUCUCCCUAUGGGACAGUUUAGUUUGGUUAAUAACGUUUUUAUGCACUGUAUUUCUGAGUGUAAAUUAUGGUCUUCUGUUGGGUGUAAUCGUCUCAGCUAUUUCAGUUAUAUUAAGAACACAAUGGCCAAAACUCAGAACACUUGGACAAACUCCAAAUACAGAAAUUUAUCAGGAUUGUAAACAGUAUAACAAUUGUACACAAUAUGACCAGAUUAAAAUUAUUCGUUAUGAAGGAAACUUGUAUUAUGUUUGUGCUGAACAUUUUCGUGAAGCCGUUUAUCAGCAGACAGGAGUAAAUCCAGUUGAUAUUUAUGCAAGAGUCAAUAAGUAUAUGAAUAAAAUAAAAGGAAUUGAAAAAUCUCUAUGCAAUAAUCUACCUGGAACUACUGAUGCUGAACCUAUCCAGUCAACUGCGAAUUCAAACGCUGUCAGUAAACUCAACAGAAAUCUCAGUGAUCAAGAUACACUUCCUGAUAAAAGUCCAAAUGGACACUCUGAGCAAUACAGAGUGCAAAAUUUACCUGAAUCAACCGCAAAGAAGAAAAACCCUCUGCAUCAUUUUUUAAGUAAAAAACCGUUAACACUUGAGGAGAAAGUGAAGUUGGAAGUUAAAAAGAAAAAAAUUACAGAAAAAUUAAGAUUGGUUAAUCAAUCGUUAACAUUUAAAUUUUUAAUAAUCGACUGUUCAUGUUGGACAUUUAUCGAUAUUGUUGGGGCGGAUGAAUUGAAACAGGUUAUAGAUAGUUAUAACAGAUUGGGUGUUACAGUUAUGAUUGCUCAAAUGAAAGAUAGCCUUAUCAGUACAUUGAAAAACAAUAAAAAAUUUGCCGAUUCAACUGCAGUCUACCCAACUGUUCAUGAUGCCGUCUGUGAUGCGCUGAGCAGACUGCAGACAAUGGAAGUUGUAAAAAAUAAUGUUAUCAAAGUGGACAGUAAUAAAAGUGUUACACCACAGAACAAUACAUUCAGCUUUGUUGAUGUCAUGCUGACAGACAUUUCGCGGAGGUCGUCAACUAAAAAUAGAACAAGAUCUUUAUCAGUCAAUUCUUCACAAAUCUAUACUGAUACACAGGUUUAAUAGCUCUCUCUCUCUCUCAUCGUUCACAAUCAAAUUUAUUAAGUGAUUUUAUAUUAUGUAUAUUUUUUUGUCAGAAUUUUGAUUCCUUUUGUAUAAAUUGCCUUGAAUGUUAUGUACAAUAUAAUUUUAACCUAUAAAAAGCAAAUAUGAAAAACACGAUAACCAAAUUGAAACGUGAUUGCUUCCAGUGAAGUGAGAAAUUCGAAAUUACUCAACAUAUGUCACUAAAAAUAAAACUACCAUAUGAAGUAACUUUUACAGUCCAAGUGUUAUUUUUCAAGUA